AUGGCUGCCCCGUCGUCCGCCUUUACCGGCAUCAUCAUCGGCCUCGUCUCGUCCUUUGGCUCCAUCAUUCUCAUAGCCCUCGUCGUCUUCAUCUUCUGGGCUUCAGGAUGCGCCGGCUCCGGCCGCAUCCUGCUGGAUCGCUUCGGCCGGCCCGGCGAGUAUGACGACGAGCAGGCGUUUGCCAGGGAGGAGGCGGAGGCGCUCGAGACCAUGGAUGACAUGGCUCGUACGGAAUAUCUUCGAGCAAAAGCCUUCGUCACUGCCAACCCCCCCGAGUCCGUGCAGACCGACAUCUCGCUAUCGCAAUACCUCGCCAUACAAGAAAAGGGCGUCUCGGCCUGGGAGUUUGAGCCCGAGCUAGAGAUUGCCAACUGCUUCGUCGAGGCCCGCACCGAGAUCGAAUUCUUCGACUCGGAGUGCACCGUCAUGUGCAACCUGCCCGUCCCCAAGCAAAACGACGUCUACUACUGGGAGGCCAAGGUCUACGAGAAGCCCGAGAACACGUUGCUCGCCAUUGGCAUGGCGACCAAGCCGUACCCGCUGUUUCGUCUUCCUGGCUACCACAAGUACUCUGUCGCGUACCACUCGGAUGGCUCUCGCCACUACAACCAACCCUUUAGCAAGACUCCUUACGGGCCGAACCUCGUCCAGGGAGACGUCAUUGGCGUUGGCUACCGGCCCAGGACCGGCGCCAUCUUCUUCACCCGCAAUGGCAAGCGCCUCGAGGAGGUUGUGCACGGACUCAAGGCCCAAAAUUUUUUUCCCGCCGUGGGGGCAAACGGACCGGCUGUCGUGCACGUCAAUCUCGGGCAGUCAGGCUUCGUCUUCAUCGAGGCCAACGUCAAGAAGUGGGGUUUGGCGCCGGUGACGGGCAGCCUCGCGCCUCCGCCGCCGUACGGCUCAGAGCAGGGUAGUAUUCUGCUCGAGACGGGCACCAAGGACGGCGCCGCCCCGGGUCAGGGCCGCCCGCAUCGUCAGUCAGUCAGCGGUUCGCCCUACCACGUUCAGCCCGGCGGCAGCCAUCUCAACGCUCAGCACGGGCACGGGCGCACUCGCAGCGGCAAUUUCAGAGUUCUGCCUCCUACCAGCCCGGGUCCCGUCCGGAGCCCAACGGACAUCUCUCUAGCUCAGCUGGUGCCCAAUGAUGACAAUGGCGAGCCCAGCGGGAGCGGCAUAGUGCACCAUCAGGAGGAGCAUCACGACAACCCGUUGCAUCUGCAUCUCGAGGACGCGACGAAUCCCCCUCCAGACUAUGCCAGUCCGACACACUCAGAAGAGGGCGGCAGCCGAAGGAGCAGCAGCAGCGACGAGGACACGCCGUUAAUACGCGUCAUGAACCGCAACCGGGGCGACUCGUCGGCCACGGUGGUCCCCGCGCACAGCGUGCCGCAUCCCCCGGUCCCGAGCUACAGCGAUGCCGUCCGCGACGGCGCUGGCCAGCAUCGACUCGAGAGCUCCAAUCCAGUGUCGACGGAUAGCAGCAGCAGCAAUAGCAGCUCCGAGUCCAGCUGA